UGGAUCCAGACGUCAGAAAAACCUUGAUGGAACUUAACCGUCCACGUGGAAAAUUCCGGACCCAAGUGCUAAAAAAAUCUCAAGAAAAAGUCAGCAAAAAUAUAAAAACAUUUAAAUACACCCGAGUGUUGAAUAAAAUACGGGAAAACAUCCCAAAAUGCACGUGUACCAGAGAACUUUCCCGCGCUUUCUGUACAGAAUUGUUUCCGUUUUGGGGAAUUAUGAAAAAAUACAGCAUUCGGAAAUAUCUUCUGGCAGAUUUUGUAGCCGGUCUCACAGUAGGGAUCAUACAUAUUCCUCAAGGAAUGGCCUACGGCCUGCUGACUAACCUACCCCCUGUUUACGGACUUUAUACCAGCUUUUUCCCCGUCAUCCUCUACUUCUUCUUCGGGUCUUCAAAGAAGGUGUCCCUUGGUAAGUUUCUCCAGUGAUACAUACAAUUACAUUAUCAUGAUUU